AUGUACACGGACCGGCUGGACGUGCUGCUGGGGGCCCCCUCUUCUGCUGUUGUGGGGCCCCUGGCCAGGGGGCCCCCCGAGGGGCAGGCGCUGCUGAUGGGUCUUGCGCUGGCUUGUGCUGCUUGUCUUUGCUGCUCCUUUGUCUUUUUGUCGCUGCUGCGGGCGGCCAAUUUGCUGCCAGCAAGUCUGCUGCACCACCCCCGCAUUCUCACCUGCACCCACCUGCUGCUGCAGGACAGCAGCAAGGCCCCCCGCAGCUGCAGCAGCAGCAGCAGCAGCAGCAGCAGCAAAGACCCGGCUGCCAAGGCAGAAUGCGGCACGCCCUCUUCCGCCCACUCCAGAGAACAAGAGGCUUGCAUUUUUUGUUUUGACGAAAUGAAGCCAGGAGAACUCCUCCGCGUUGUCACUUCUUGCGGCCACAAGUUUCACGGUGGGGCCCCACAGCACAGCACAAAACGCCCCCAGGGGCCCCCAAAAGGGCCUCCAAACCCCACAGGGACUGCUGCAGCAAUUGCUUCUGUUGUUGCUGCUCCCCUUGCUGCAGCAGAUUCAGCUGCUGCUGCGGCUGAUGCGUCUCUUUGGAGGCCGCGGCUGCUGCCCUUCACGGGGAUUGCUGCUUUUUUGGCCAGUAUAGAAAGUUUAGGGUUUAGGGUUUAG